UAUAUUCUGGACUUAAAGCUAAAAUAAGUGUCCAGUAUCUCUUCGUUAUUCGCCACAAGCAGUUUACAUUGAAAUGGAUUCGCGGACCUUUGUAUUCCUCUUGCUAAUUGGCUGCCUUAUUGUUGGAUGUUGCAUGGCAGCGCCUCAAGGAUGUCAAGGUGGAUUUUUUGCCGAAAACGGGGACCUGCAUAUCAACACGUUAGAAAUUGAAAAAUACCUGGAGUGUAUAAACAAAGAGCAUCAACGUGGAUAGUUUUAUUCAUUAGUAUAUACAUGUUUAGAGUGCCAAAAUGUUGAAAUGUCUAUACAUUUUAUAAAAUAUGCACAACUGAUUCUAAUUAAAAUUUGGAUGAUUAUUUGUCAAUAAACAACUGCUGAUGCAGGCGCAUGUUAUAAUAGAAAAAAAAUCGGAAAACGCUUCUUAAUACUGGUUUUUUGUUUAUUAAGCAUUCAGAAUAUUUACUUUUCUUAGUUCAUUGAAUAAAAUACCUAUUAACAUUUUAAUUCCCCACUCGUGAUAACAAAAACGCGUUAAUUAUACGUUUUAUUGUAAUGAAAGUAAAUAAUGGUUUUCUUGUUUAUCCAAGUAAGCUCUUAUAAUUUUGCUGUGGGUUGUAGACAUUUAAAAGGAAAUAAAAGCCAUUUAUAUAUUCA